AUGCUCUUCAGGCGUUAUCUUGACCUGUCUCCCCCUCCCCCCUCAGAUCACGUCUCCAUUGGGGGUCUCGGGGACAGCUUCUACGAGUAUCUGAUCAAGUCCUAUCUGAUGUCGGACAAGGCGGACGAGGACGCCAAGAGGAUGUACUACAGCGCCCUGGAUGCGAUUGAAGCUAACCUGGUGCAGAAGUCGUCGGGGGGCCUGACCUACAUGGCCGAGUGGAGGGGGGGCAUUCUGGACCACAAGAUGGGGCACCUGGCCUGCUUCUCCGGGGGCAUGAUCGGGAUCGGGGCAGACGACGGACCACAGGAGAAGAGGCAACACUAUCUGGACCUGGCUGCAGAGAUCACACACACCUGCCACGAGAGCUACGCACGCUCUGACCCAGAGCCCUCUACAGACCCAGAGCCCUCUGCUCUACAGACCCAGAGCCCUCUGCUCUACAGACCCAGAGCCUUCUGCUCUACAGACCCAGAGCCCUCUGCUCUACAGACCCAGAGCCCUCUGCUCUACAGACCCAGAGCCCUCUGCUCUACAGACCCAGAGCCGUCUGCUCUACAGACCCAGAGCCCUCUGCUCUACAGACCCAGAGCCCUCUGCUCUACAGACCCAGAGCCGUCUGCUCUACAGACCCAGAGCCCUCUGCUCUACAGACCCAGAGCCCUCUGCUCUACAGACCCAGAGCCGUCUGCUCUACAGACCCAGAGCCCUCUGCUCUACAGACCCAGAGCCGUCUGCUCUACAGACCCAGAGCCCUCUGCUCUACAGACCCAGAGCCCUCUGCUCUACAGACCCAGAGCCCUCUGCUCUACAGACCCAGAGCCGUCUGCUCUACAGACCCAGAGCCCUCUGCUCUACAGACCCAGAGCCGUGUGCUCUACAGACCCAGAGCCGUCUGCUCUACAGACCCAGAGCCUUCUGCUCUACAGACCCAGAGCCCUCUACAGACCCAGAGCCGUCUGCUCUACAGACCCAGAGCCCUCUGCUCUACAGACCCAGAGCCGUGUGCUCUACAGACCCAGAGCCGUGUGCUCUACAGACCCAGAGCCCUCUGCUCUACAGACCCAGAGCCCUCUGCUCUACAGACCCAGAGCCCUCUGCCCUACAGACCCAGAGCCUUCUGCUCUACAGACCCAGAGCCGUGUGCUCUACAGACCCAGAGCCCUCUGCUCUACAGACCCAGAGCCGUCUGCUCUGUGA